AUGUCCAACAUGGUUUUCAACACCGUCACUUUUCAUCAAAUUCUACAACCGAACGGCGAGUAUUUCACGGUGCCGAGGCGUUAUGAAAAUAUUCAGCCGUUUCUGGCCGAUAAACCGUUUGUGGCGUAAGCGAGCAUUUCAUGCAAGUCUUUAAGGUUCCCUAAUUUUUAUUUACAGUAUGGCAUACGACAUGGCAACACGGCGACCCGUUGUCAUUAAAAAAGUGGUGCUUCCCGACAACUUCAACGAUCGGUAAGUGAAUUCAAAAAUUGGAGAUAGGAGAAGCGAAUUGUAUUUUAGCCAAAACUGGAAGCGUGCUCAACGCGAACUCUACUGCAUGUUGCUCAUUGAGCACGAGAACAUUGUCAGGAUGCACAGUGUGUUCACGCCCGCCGAGAACAUCAAUGACAUGACCGAGUUCUAUAUUGUCCGCGAGUAUAUGAGCGGAAACAUGAAGAUGGUAAUUAUCUUCUCUUUUUCAAACAUUGGUUUCCUUUAGUUAACCAAUCAUGGCCAACAUUCAACAAUCAAGUCGAUCUUCUUCGACAUUUGUCGAGCUGUACAAUACUUUCACAAUGUGAAUAUUAGUUAUCGCGUGAGCAGAUGAAAAAAGCGAAAUUUUCAAAGUGACUAGACUAUUUUCAGGAUCUGAAGCCUCAGAACAUUUUGAUUCAAGAUUCCGAAGUGAGAAUAUGCGAUUUUGGGCACGCGAACACGGAAGACCCGAAUAUGAACACUCCGUACAUUGUGCAGAGGUACUACCGGGCUCCCGAGAUCAUUUGCGAAACUUGCGACAAUAAUAAGACUAGCGGUUAGUCACUUUUCAAAUCGUUCUCGUUCUAUAUCGAUUUCCAGUUGAUAUCUGGUCGCUGGGCUGUCUUUUCGCCGAGUUGCUCACCAAUCACGUGCUGUUCCAGGGAGACGAUCAUAUUGAUCAAUUUUUGAAGAUUGUCCGUUACAUGGGAAAUCCGGCGCCGGUUUUCUAUCAAACAAUCGGCAAUCAGUACGCCAAACACUUUUUGCAGCAUAUUCGAUUGGAUGAGUGAGUUUUUUGUUCGUUUGUUUAGACAGUGCUCGAGUUGCAAGUUCAGAAUUCCGGAACCUCGGCCGAUUCGUGAACGCUUCCCCGACAGCUGGUUCCAGCCGGGACUACAGACGGAUCCGAGGCAAUGCGAGCUGGCGCGUGACCUUCUUUUUAAGAUGUUGGUGGUCAAUCCCGAUUUUCGAGUCAACAUUCAAGAGAUUCUCACGCAUCCCUACCUGGCCGACGUGUGGCAGGACGAGGGAAUGGAGAUCGGCGAUUUGGAGCCACCGCCGGCGCCCGCGUUCCUCAGACGAUUCUUCGGAGCGCUUCCCUAUUCGGACUCGGUUCAAAUGCAAGCCGAGAUCUUUCUGCGAAUCAAAGAGUUCGAGAACAGCUGCGACAUUUGUACGCAGUCCAAGAAUUGA